GUCGCUCUCAGCUACGACAUGCAUAACGCAUGAGAGCUCGAGCGAGAUCUUUCUAACCCGUCUCUCUUCCGUCGCCAUACACACGUACACAUACACAUACACACAUUCACAUACAUAUACUCUCUCUCGCUCUCUCUCUCUCUCUCUCUCUUUUCUUAUACUCUCUCACCCACACGCUUUUCCACAUAUACACGUAUACCGUAUGUAUACGCACACGUACACUCAUGUAAAGAGAGGGACAUCUACCAUCAGAAGGAACAUACACGCACGUCAUCAUAUACCUACUCUACUCCCGCCGAGUCGAGUCUCUUCCGUUCCGCGAUUACCGUCGUACGUCCCUUUACGCCGAGCCGGUCGGUCGGUUGCUCGCUGCUCGGUCGUCGGUCCGCGGUGGCAACCCCUGAGUGCAGUCGCGCCGUGCAUCGUCAUCAUCGGUACGCGUCCACUACGUCGGGACCGCAGACACGACGCCAGUGUGGAGUAAACUUCGCAUCGUCGUAGACAUCAUCGUCGUCGUCGUCAUCGAGCCAAGAUUAGUGAUUACUCGACAAGUUUGAAUCCCCACCAGGGAUGUGUGACCUCGGCUGAAUCGAUAUCCUCGCGAGUGACUUUCCGACUCGACUCGAGGGUUGGCCAGAGUAUAUCAUAGCCAGGAAGCGAGCUUUCAUUUCACGUGUGAUUAUCGUGCGGAGACGAGUGAGACGCGACGAUAGAGCUGACGAUAGAGAGAGAGAACGAGAGGAAGAACCAAGUUUUGGAGCGCCGCGGCAGAGCGGUGCUCCGAUUCGGAGACGCGGAGACCCACCCCGACCCCGGCGGAGUAGCGAGGGAAAGGCGAGGGAAGUAGUAUAUCGACAACCCUUUCUCAUCGCAGACUCAUCGAUGUUUCCGUGUUGUCGCAUACAUGACAUUUUCGAGAAACUAUGGACGAAACUUCGUCGCGAGCGACGACCAGCUUCGUCUGGUAUCCAGUGUAUCGACGCGAACUGUGGAUUGUGCGACAAGUGAUCAGUGACUAAGAAAUUUUCUUCUCGAGGAUCAAUUGAUCGUGAGAUGACUAGAGAUAAAACAUAUAACUGACAACACCGGAAUCUAUUCUAUUCUGGAAGAAUCAAGGACAAGGAGAUUCUAUCGAUAAUCAUUACUAAUUCUCUUGAGACUUCUUUGCUUACAUAAUCUUUCUGUCCACUAACAAAAGUCAAGAUUCAGAAGAUUAUUUGCGAAAGGGGUGCAAGUGAGAAACAUACCCCGUGGAAGUUCCACGGCGGAAAAUCACACGGGAGAGGGUUUCACUAAGCCUCUCGACGAGCGGGAAGUAGAUGGCCGCUACUACGUACAUGCCGGUUAGUAGCGCAGUGUCUACCGACCUGGAUGGUGGUUCAGGUACAACGAUCGGGAUGAACAUCGCCGUGGGUGGCUACUCUUCGGGCUCGCCCCGCAGCGCCGCCGACGCUGGCGAGAUGAAGUACAUGCCGGCGCCGCAGCAUCAUCAUCACCAUCACCAUCACCAUCAGGUGACGUCUUCGCCGUCGCCGAACGGACUCUCCCAUCCGGCGGCGAGUCUCUCGUCGGCGAAUCCCUGGGUGAGCUUACAGCCUGGCAGCGAUCCCUGGGCGGCUUCGAUGGGCAUGCACCAUACUACCCAUCAUCCGCACCACCAUCCCCAUCAGGCGAACGCGAGUCUCGAUGUAAAACCGUUGACCGCGGCGGCCGCGGCGACCGCGACGGACCAGGGUAUGCACCAUCGGGGCCCGCAUCAGUCCCCGGGCAUGGCCUCGCCGCACUCUUGGCAUGCACCAGUCGUCCCGUCGGCGCAUUACAACCCGAGCGGUGGUGCGGCCUCGCCCACUACCCUUCAACAGUACCAUGCAGCGAUGAAUGGCAUGCUGCAUCAACAUCCACAUCAACAUCCGCAUCAGCUGCACAACCAUCAGACCGGUCUACCUCAUCAUCUGAGGGAUGCGCACAAUCACAGUCCACCGUCGGGGCAUCCUCUGCACGCGGGCCAUCCUCUCGAUAGGGAUCAUAGCGCUGGUGAGGAAGACACGCCAACGUCGGACGAUCUCGAGGCCUUUGCCAAACAGUUCAAACAACGACGCAUUAAGCUCGGCUUCACCCAGGCGGACGUCGGUCUCGCGCUCGGUACUCUCUACGGCAACGUCUUCUCGCAGACGACAAUAUGCAGGUUCGAGGCUCUACAACUGAGCUUUAAAAAUAUGUGCAAGCUGAAGCCGCUGCUGCAGAAGUGGCUCGAGGAGGCGGACUCGACGACCGGCUCGCCGACGAGCAUCGACAAAAUCGCCGCUCAGGGAAGGAAGCGAAAGAAGAGAACGUCGAUCGAGGUAUCAGUCAAAGGUGCUCUUGAGCAACACUUCCACAAGCAGCCGAAGCCUUCGGCCCAAGAGAUCACGUCGCUAGCGGACUCGUUGCAACUCGAGAAAGAAGUGGUCAGGGUGUGGUUCUGCAAUCGGCGGCAAAAGGAGAAAAGAAUGACGCCGCCCAAUACGCUCGGCGACGGCAUGAUGGAGGGUAUGCCGCCAGGUCACCAGAGCCAGGGCGGCCUUCAUCAGGGUUAUCAUCCGCAGGAUCACCUGCACGGCUCGCCCAUGGGCCACAGUCACAGUCCGCCGAUGCUCAGUCCUCAGGCCCUUACGGCCCACUCGCUCGCGGCUCACUAGCGUUCGCCGGGGCCUCCCCCGUUGGGCCUCGCGGUAACCUCGCAGAACUCGGCGAAUGUGUCGUCAACGGCAGAAACGACGACACUGCCACCGUUCUAUCAUCAUUACCUUCAGGCACGCACCGGCAGUUACACGACCUCGUAGCUGACCGACUCGCGGCGCCCUUUCUAUCUACCGGACGGCGGCGCUCGUUAUCAAGACGAGGGUACGGAAUGGUGGCUCGUUCGACGAGGUUCAACGGGGUUUAACGAGGCCGAGACCGGUCCAUUGGGGAGGCUGAGAAGCUGACGCGCUCGGUCGGUGAUUUUUUGCCGACCUUGACCGCGCGCAUAGACCCAGAAAGAGGAGGAUAAAAGCUGCGGACGGAACAGACAGAAUAAGAAAAAUACGAAAUAAGAGAGGAUCAUCGCCGUGAGUGUCACGGCCGUCGAUGAACAUCGUGGUCAUUCUUCGCCCGAGUUCUUCAUGGUAUCUUCGUCGCCGAAGUAUCAUUCUCAUCGUUAUCGAGACUUCACCGUUCCUCGAACGGCAUUGGCUAUUUUUCCUCCAUCGACAAAGUCCCGGUGAUAAGUGAAAUGUCUUCAUCGUGUUUUUCGCAACGUGACGCAAGAGAAAACCCAGUAGCGUUCUCUCAAAGGGUACCAUUGACGGCCGUAGUAAUGACGUUCCUCCUUCGCGCGGCCAGGUCGGAGCUCGUUCGUCCGUUCGUAAAGUCUGAUCGCGGACCUGUUGGCUGUUUGCUGUUGUUAUUGUUGUUGUUUCAUCGUCAUCGGUGAACGGAAGUGAUUUACUUGGCGGUCUUCGAUAGGGACCCGAGAAAGAAUGGUUUAAUAACGAGGUGCGCGGAUGCAAGGUGGACUUAGGCGAGGGUGCGGCUAAAAGGUGUUUUCUUUCUCUCGCCUGCGAACAAAGUGGGAAUAUCGAACACGGAACGCAUCGCAAGGGUGCCUCCUCGCGCGUGCGAUUCUCCCUUAUCUCCCGCGGAGUCCGAAAUUCGCGGCGGACGAACGGGCGUCAAGAAAGGAACAUACGUAAGGAGCGAGUGCUGUGUUCGCGCGGGAUUUGCUCGAAGUAAACCCGGCGUGGAUGAUGUAACAUAAGUAAAUAUGGAUUGUAAAUAAUGUACUAGAUAAAGCUAGUAAGUUAAGUGAGAGAGAGAGAGAAAGAGAGAGAGAGAGAGCAUGAAUCGUCGUCGUCGUUGUCGUCGACUACGAGCGAGAAACAGACGCGGGAGCUGGAAUAAAUGGAG